AUGGAAAUUGAGCCUUUAGAAAAUUUGCAAAAGAUUAAAAAUAAAGUAACAUCUAUUUCUACAAGCAAUACAUACAGAAUUCCUAUUUAAAAAAUAUUAAAAGACUCUUCCAUUCCUUAUUAGUAACAAUAAUAUAAACAAUUAGAAUUCUAAUAAAAAAGUGAAAACAAUUAAUCUAAUGCAAAUAUUCUUUCAUAGACAUCUAAUUUGAAUAAAAAUGUUUCGGAUAAUAAGAAAAUUCAAAAUUCAUAUAAAGAAGAAAGUUUAUCAUUGCUUUUGGCUAGAAUUUAGAUAAAUAAAAACUAUUUAUAAGAUAUCAUAACUUUUGAGAAACAAUAAGAAUCUAAAUAUGUACCUAAAAAUUGCCUUUUUAAGCAUAAUAUACCACAACUAUUGAGAGCUAAAAUGCUUGAUUGGUUAAUUGAAGUCGUAAAAGCAUAUAAAUUUUCUGAAGAAACAUAUUUUAUGACUGUUAGACUUUUAGAUUUAUAUUUAGAAAAAACAAAAAAAAUUAAAGAAAUAUCUGAUAUACAUUUAGUUGGAGUUACUUGCUUUUUUAUAGCAAGUAAAUAUGAAGAAAUAUAUCCAAUUACUUUAAAAGUUAUAGAUGAAAAAAUUUCACAUAAAAAAAUUUCAGAAUAGUAAAUAAAAAAUAUGGAAGCUGAUAUUUUAAUAACAUUAAAUUUCAAUUUGUUUGGAACUUCACCUUAUGAAAUUAGUAUGUAAACUUUAACAUUUCUAAAUUAUUAAGAUAGGUUAAGUAAUUAAGAAUUCUAAUAUGUACACAAAAUAUGCAGCUAUUUAUCAAAAAUGAUACUAUAUGAUUAUGAAAAUAUAAAAAUGGCUUCCUAUAGUACUAUUGCUGCAUCUGUACUUUAUAUUAUUUUCAAAAUUAUAUAGUAAAUUAACUUAAAUUUUUCAGCUGAAGAAAAUAUUUAAUAAGUAUUAUCAGUAUUAUAAAUUGAAUAAAAAUUAAUAAUUUAAUUAAGUAUAAUUAUUUUAGAUUUAGCGAAAAAAUUUGAUAUAUAUUAUCCUUAAUUUUAAAAUUUAAAGAAAUUUAAUGGUUUUGAAAAUAAAUUUUAAUUUGAUAACUAAUUUUUAAUAUAAGAAUAUUAAAUUAUUAAAUAUUAAUAAUGA